AUGACUCAAAAUUCCAAUGAAGUCUGUGAUUUGGCUAAACGUCUUGAAGCGACCCAGGACGACCAGUUUUACAACCCGGACAUCUGCAAGAAAACACCUUAUCGUGGGCGAGAGUUACCGCAGCAUUUUAAGAUAAGUUACUGGAAGUUUCAGGAUAGGUUUUAUCAGAGUUCUGGCCUACCAAUUUACGCUUAUCCUCUGUUGAUGGGCAAAAAUGAAAUGAAUGAUGAUCAAAUAGUGGUUCGUGGAUACAACAAGUUUUUCAAUGUUGAACAGAUUGCCUCGACUACCUGGGAGGAGAUCGAGAUCAAGACUAAAGGACCUUACGAAAUCAGCAGUAUAGAGAACGGAUGUACUGUGUUGAUAAGCGGUCUUUGGGACGGAACUCUUUUAGUUACGAGUAAAUCCCCAUAUAGCUCUCAAAAUCCCGGUACUAGUCAUGCAGAAGCUGGAGAAAGAUGGCUCGAAAUGCAACUCGCCAAGCUCAAUAAAUCUAAGAAGAACCUAGCUACAGAGCUAUGGUCUAGAAAUGUCACACUCGUAGCAGAGCUGUGUGAUGACCGUUUUGAGGAGCGUGUCAUAUCUUAUACUGGAGAAAAGGCAGGACUAUACCUUCAUGGAAUCAACGCGAACGUUACCAAAUUUUUAACCUUCCCGGGCGCCCAGGUACAAAAGUUUGCAAAAGAAUGGGGGUUUCUUAGGCAGGAGUUUGUGAUAUUUGAUGUGAUCAAAGAUGCAAGGGCUUUCAUUAAUGAUGCAACAAAGUCUGGGUCAUACAAUGGACGAGUAGUUAAAGGGGCUGUUAUUCGAUGCAAGAUCCUUAGGAGUAAGUUGGGUGAAUAUGAAGACUUUUUCUUCAAGUGCAGAAUUAGAGGGUUAUAUCAAAUAUAUCGCCAGUGGCGUGAAUAUACCAAAGCUAUGUUAAAGUCUCAGUUCGUCCCCAGAAACAAUGACAUGAUGACGCAUGAAUAUCUCGAAUUCGCUCAAAGGAAGUUCCUUCAGGAACCCGAGUUGGGAAGGGCUUACUUAGAUAAUCACGGUGUCAUAAAAAUAAGAGAAGAGUUUCUAAAGGAAAAGGACAUGUUAGGUUCCAGUAACUUAAAGAGAAGUCUAGCAGUUCAGAAAUUAGAACUACAAGAUGUUGUAGAUAAUAUCAUCUUAGUGCCCAUAAGCACUAUUGGUUGCGGAAAGACAACCGUAUCUCUUUCGCUCUCUUUUCUCUUUGGCUGGGGAUAUGUCAGGAAUAAUACCAUAGAAGGUAGAAAUCGGCCACAUAAAUUCGCUGAGAAGGUUCUGGAGGUACUAACGAAGAAGCCUGUUGUAUUUGCUGAUAGAAAUAAUGUACAAAAAUUCCAGCGAAAUCAAUUGAUCCUUCACAUUUCAAGAAAAAAACCACAAGCUCGGAUGAUUGCACUAAACUUUGUGAAUAAUGAAGCUUCCUUCGAAAACAUACGAAAAGUCACUCAAGCUCGCAUACUUCCACGGAUUGACAACAAUCUGAGAUCGGACACAGGCCUACAAAAAGAUCGGGCAGUCGAUAUAAUGGAUAGCUUUAUCGAACGAUUCCAAAAAUUAGACGUAUUAGAUUGGCCGGAUUGUAAUUUUGACGCCGUGAUUAAUCUCAAUCCAACCCUUGAUUCUAGGGCGAACUUGGAGAUUUUAGUUGAAGAGCUACGAAGAAUCUUUCCCAAGCUCAUCACGAAAGUACCGACUACAGAAGAACUUGACGUAGCAUUCUUAUCUGGUCUCAACAAAUCAAAUGAGAAGACGAAGUGCUUAUUUCCUGAAAGAUCUAUCGAGUUGCCGCACGAUAUGGGUCAAAAUUCAGACGCAACACACGUCGCGAAUUUUCCAAAUUUAAAAUCCUCCUAUUUUACUUGA